CCAGAGCCUCCCUUGGCCCUCUAAGGCCCCCCCAGCCUCCACCGCAUGCGGUGAAUCUUUUUCUGGACUCUGGGAAGGCUGAAUUUUUAGGAUCCCUCAUCUAGGAUCUAGCUGCCUGUUUCUUAAGGACGGAUUUGUUAAGGUUAGUUCAAGAUGGGCGACCAGAGGCAACGUUCAUUGUCUACAUCUGGGGAAUCGUUGUAUCAUGUUCUAGGACUGGACAAGAAUGCCACCUCAGAUGAUAUUAAAAAAUCGUACAGGAAACUUGCAUUAAAAUAUCACCCUGAUAAGAAUCCAGAUAAUCCAGAAGCUGCAGAUAAAUUUAAAGAGAUCAACAAUGCACAUGCGAUAUUGACUGAUGCUACCAAACGAAAUAUCUAUGAUAAGUAUGGUUCCUUGGGUCUCUAUGUAGCAGAGCAGUUUGGAGAGGAGAACGUGAAUACAUACUUUGUGCUGUCCAGCUGGUGGGCAAAGGCACUGUUUGUGUUCUGUGGGCUCAUCACAGGCUGCUACUGCUGUUGCUGUCUCUGCUGUUGCUGUAACUGUUGCUGUGGAAAGUGUAAACCGAAACCCCCUGAAGGUGAAGAGCAAGAAUACUAUGUCUCCCCUGAAGACUUGGAGGCACAGCUACAGUCAGAUGAGAGGGAGGCCUCAGAUACACCUAUUGUGAUACAGCCAGCCUCAGCCACAGAGACGACCCAGCUCACGGCGGACUCCCAUCCCAGCUACCAUACUGAAGGUUUUAACUAAGUUAAGGAAGCACGGUUAACUAGAAUGGAUAAGAAUAAAUAACAUGGCCAAUCCAGCACUAGAAUCAUGGACAUUAGAAAUAGAAUAUGGGGAAGGGAGAUGCUCUGCCACAGUAAGAGGGCAGCCUCCAACCUGCUGAAAAUAUUUUGUAAUCCCUUCGCCUUUUGUCACCUUCAGUGUCGUAUCUUGAUGAUACAUGGAAGUACUGUAGCAUGCAGUAUUUAAAGCAGUUUAGCUUUGGUCUGUUUUGUUUCCUUUUUAAAAAAAAUAGCAUGUGUGAAGUUUAGGUUAUAAACGUCUUUGUGUUGUAAUGUAUUGAGGAGUUAUCACAACGAGUGUGAUGGAUACAUUCUGCAUUUUAAGCAGUGAUACCAGCCAAAAACAAUGAGCAUUUUUCAAAGAGAAGUUAGAUCUGUCACAGAAGCUGCCACACUUCUGUACAGUUGAGCUACAAACAUCCCUUGAAGGCUGCUGUUUCUCAUCCACUUAAUAGUAACUUAAAUAUCUAAUAUUUCCCACCAUUCCCUUUGCUCCUUACACUUACGUUUCAACAGACCUUGAAAAAUGCUGAUGUUGUUAAGAAGGGAUUUUUUUUUUGUUUUGUUUUUAAAUGAACUUGUCUCAAUAUCCCUCUCAAUCUGUUUCUUCUGCAAACCAUAAUCUGACAGUCAGCUGCUUUACAUUCUUGUGUAGGAGAGGGCCAAAAUGUGGGUUUUGCUGCAAAACCAGAUGUUACUUGAAUUAUCUCUGCAUUUUAAAGUUAAAUGCACAGUAGUUUUGUUCGAAUCAAAUCAUUCCCCUGCACUAUUUAUAAUCUGAUAUUGCCAUUUUUUUUACUUGCGCAUGAAUAUGGAAAACUGAUGUAUAUUCUCAUUGUCUAGCUUGAAUGAAGUUGAAGCAAAUAAAUAUAGUCAAGAGCAAAUUUUAGAUUUUGGUUGCUUGGAUUAUACAUUGCCAUAGUACAUAAGAUGUCAUCGCUUUGCUAUUUUUCCCAAGAAACUGUUUUAAAAAGAUUUUUUUAAAAACUAAAAUAGUCAGUGGCCACUUUGCAUUAUGUAUUCUGGGUGUGCUCCUUUAGCAUACUUUUAAUGACCACUUUAAAAAGAAAACCCUCCAGUGGGAAUGCAAGUAGCACUUGGUCUCAUACAAACACCCUGGUUGGGGAACUGGGCUGUAGCACUUAUGGAGUGUGCAUUUGAUGGCAGACUUAGGUUUGCUGCUAGUUGAUGCAGGAGAAGGACCUGAGUUCACUAGACAGUGAGCACAUGAAUCAAAUCCUGAAUCUUCCGUUGAAUUUAUGUGGCUGUCCAGAAUAGGCUUGGCCAUUUUUUUUUACCUCUGUUCUCCCUUUGUAAAAUGGGAGCAGUAACACUGAAUUGUCCUAACCAUUUUGCAAUGCUUUACACAAUUGAAAUACAUUGUUUGGUUCGUUGAUGUUGCUAAAUGGCUGUCAAAGCAAAGAAGCAUUAACAAACCAUUUCUGUUUCAUUUUAUCGGAUUAGAGAAAUCUUUUUGCACAUGUUUGUUUUUCAUAUAUGAUCCUUUCAGUUGGGCACUCCUCUCUUACCCUCUAUCCCUCCAGGGAUACAUUUAUAGUAAAUACUCUUGUGGGGAGGAAUCAUGAAUGCAGGUUAUGUGUGAAUGUGGGAAUGGACUGGAUGCUAUACAUGUUUUAAAGUUCUAUAGGCAUCUCAGUAAUGUUGACUCCUAAGUUAUUGCUAGUUCGGUCUUGCUUUAGAAAAUGUUACGUUGAGGUUCAACCCAGGAAUCUUUCAGGCUUUGGGGCAACUGCUGCUCUGGUGUCUUUUGAAGAGCCCAGAGCAUUCUUCCCUCUGCUUCAUUUUGUCUCCUGUCUUACCCUUUCUUGGAAGAAGCUACAUCUACACCUGCAACAGGUUGAGAUGGUGGAAUGGACUGUAUCACGUAUCAGUGCAGAUGCUCCCUACAUGUUUGUAGCAAGGAGCAGAGUUCUUGCAGAUAUAAAACCAACAGUUCAGGGGAAAAAUUUCUAGUUGAGCCUUUUACCUGACUCUGCAUGGGUGGAGGUUUCUCCUGUUUUGAGGGAUUUUAAUGUAAGAAAGCCUCUGAAAGUAUUAUCCCUUGCCUGCAGUCUGAAAUAAUAUUUUCAGUUCUGCCAUCUCAGCAUUCAACUGUCUCAUUCUGUAGUAUUUGUGAAUUAGGCUUACCUUGAUUCUACAUUCCUUUUGGAGUGCUUCCCUAUUGCUUAUUUCCACAAUCUUGGCAUGCUUUCUUGAUUAUUUCUCCUGAUAGGACCUGAAAGGAAGUGGGGCUAGUAAAAAGGAAGAGCUUUGAAAUCAUGGUAAACAUGUGGACCAAAAAGGUCUUUUUUGACAACCAGCCUAGCUCUUUCAUUCCAUGGCUUGUCUGGCUGUGUUGCAUGUACAUCCCACUUGCUCUAGGUCAGUGAUCCCCAAACUGUACCCUUUAAGGGAUUUUGCACUUUAGCUCCCAGGAGCUUCAGCUAUGUUGGCCAAUAAUCUGGGAUUUCUGGAGCUGAAGUCUAGAAUCCCUUAAAGGGCACAGUUUACACUGCUCCUAACUUUUCAUUGAUGGUGUAACAAAACUCAAUGUUAAAACAGUUGUUUUGAUAUUUCAAGUUGCCAUCUUCCAUGCCAAAGCAAGCAUAUUAUGCACAAGCAAAUCUCUAUCUAUAUUUUACUUAAUGUCUUCCCCACUUUUUCACCUCCUUUAAGGAACAGAGAUUUAUGUAUCUGAAUUUGCAAGCCCUCAGCUGUCUUACUAAAUGAAAUGUGGAAUACAGAGGAUACAAAAGAUUCCAGAAUUAACUCUAAAAAUUAGGUAUUAUCUCCACCGUUCUUUUCCUGGCAGCCUUCUGUUUUGAUUUUAAUACUGUAUGCCUAAAGUUGCCCACAUCAGACUGCUUUCAAGAUCUAUUAGCAUUAGUAUAAAACAUUUAGUGAAAAAUUGGGGCCACAAGGAUAAUGAUGUUUCAUUUUUAGCACUACUUACCAAAGUUGUAUGUUAGCUUCAGCCCCCACAUAUUUGUAAUUUUAAACUGUUUUGUUGAGGGUGGAAACAAAUUGGUUUAAUCUUUAACAUAACAGGCUCAUUUACACAGACACUUGUUUUAAUAUACUUUCAAAGCACUUUGUCCAUUAUCAGUCUUGCACUCCUAUAUAGCACUUUGUGUGUGAUCAUUCUCAGGUAGCUCUGUAGAUUACUCAUUUGAACUUGUUGGGACAUGAUUUCAAAAUCCCUUCCAGUAGUUCUGUUGCUAAAGAUGCAAUGACGUUUCCGUGUAUAAUUGUGCAAACUUUGCCACCUUCUUUUGAUCUGUACUAUAGAUUAACAUUAUGCAAAAGCUUUUUAAAAAUGAUUAGUUACUAUCUUACUAGAUAUACAUUUAGUUAGAUUGGCAGAGUGAGGGAGGGUGACAUAAUCUUAAAUACAGACUCUGUUCCUAACUUACUGAUGCUGGACACGCGUGAAAUUUGGCCUGAACUGGAAUGGUGGGAUAAAAUAAUGUUUAAAGUGAAGCCAAAAUUCAAGUUUGUAAUAGAAACAGAAGCCUCUUCUACCUAAGAUUGGCGAUAGUUUAUCAAAAAGUGGGAAGCAGCAUGAGAUUGUUGUCACUUCCCACAGUGUAUACACAUUUCUUAAGGCCUCCUGUUGCAGUUUGUAAUGAGGCAUGGUUUAAGGUUUUUCAUAACAAAGCAGUUUUAUAAAAGGUGAGAGGGGGGAUGUGUUCAUGUGGUGAGUGAUGAGUCUGCCUUGAACUUUUUGGGGUGAGGUGUUUGGAAAGCCCAUAGUCUUCAGAUUUCAGUCUUGGUUUCCCCCCUGUUUCUGAUCAGUUAACAAGUUCAACCUGGGUUUUCUUCCUUUAAGAUGACCUUUCAUCUUUUAGUUUCCAAACCCAUAUUGUUUUGCCUGAAGACCAGCAGUAAGUUAAAUUUCUAUUGUUUUUACUUUUGUUAAAAUUGGUGGUUCCUGCCAAUUGAAACACAUGAUUUUGUUCCUGGCUGGGAUAACAGUCAGCAUCCCUCAAGCUCAUUAGUAGUUGCUUAACUAUGUAUUGUUGCCAAAACUAAAUGCUAGCCCUUGCUUUUGGGUAAAUCCAGCUUUCAAGGAGACCUGCAUGUGGCUGUUAGUUGCAGAGCAUCCCCUGCCAACCAAAGUUAAUAUGGCUUCUUUCUUCAGAGACUAAAAUGAACUAGUGAGAAUCAAGGAAAUAAAAGGAUGUGUUUUGAUCAGCUUUAUAAAUCAGUGGGCUUACAUGCAGCAGUGCCAACAUCCACGAAACCUGAACUUCUGCAACAUUAUUAAAUCUUAAAUAUGGUGCCAACAUAAUACAUUUAUUUCAUUUUUCCUGAAUUAAAUGGUACAUUUCCCAAGCUUCUUCAAUGAUGGUUCAUCCCAUUCCAAGAACUUCAUUAAAGGAAUCAGAUAAUCAUCCUGACCAACCUUAAAACCACUUGCACUGUUCAGGCAAAAUCAACACAAUGUUUAAUGUUACUAAGAGUUUGAAAACUCCAGUUUUCAUUACCUGAGAUUUGGAGUCAAUGCUUGGUGAAAUGGUGGAUGUUGAGUUUUUUGCUUGGUUUUUUUUUACAGUAAUUCCCAGGAUCAUUCAGCAGAGAAUAAACAUGUGGGUCUUUUGAGAGUUACAGGCUAAAGAAGUAACUUUUCUGUGCUCUGGAGCAAUGUAGGAAACAUGUUGGCUGCUUGCUAGUAGAAUGCUGGGGCAUUUUUUUAUUAAAUGUAAUUGAAAUAUAGUUUCUUCCCACUUAGAAAGCUACUGCUUCAUUCUUGAUAUUUCUGUCUCUAACCCCUCACCCCAAAUGAGUGUUCCAGGAAAGGCUCUUUUGUGUCUGAAAAGGUACCAUGGAUAUGGUGAUGAGAUGCAGUUCAAAAGAAAAAGCAUUAUCUGUCUCAGUACCUGUCACAUGUCAAUCAUUUCAGACACUGAACAGCUUUUUACAAGCACUGCUGUGUUUAAGGAAAACUGUCACUUCAGAACCAGUCUUAAAUGUAGCAUCUCAUUCCAGAUGGGAUGAAGCUGAUGUGUUUUCUCUCUCUCUCUCUCUCUUGUAUGUGUGUAUACACACACACACUCUCUCUCUCUCUCUUUCACUCACUCACUCAUUCACUCACUCACUUACCUGACUGCCCUUGCAGGAUUUGUGAGAAGAACUUUUUUUGCUGCAAUUUAUGCUAUUUCCAAUACCUAUAAUCCAUUCUUGUAUUUUAAGUCCAUAAUUUAAAUAAGAAACUGAUUAGGAGAACUGCAUUCCUAGUGGUCAAUAAUUUGAUGCUCUAUGAAACUUCACUAUUGUGUAAGCUGUGUGGAGGUACUCCCAAGAACUUAACUUGAAAGAAAGAUAUUCAUAACACUAGCCACAGAGAGGCUCAGUUAUUCAGUAGUAUUGGGGUGAAGGGCCUGGUGUGAAUAGGAAUCUCUUAUAACUGAUCUUCUUUACAGAGCAAGUGAAACUGGGAACAUGAUCUCUGUCCUGAUUCUGAAAUGUGAUUAGAGCAGUCAUGCUUCCCAUGCAAACACAUGCCCCCCCCCC